UGCUUCACAUUUCCGAAUGGAGACACGUACGAAGGAGAAUUCAGGCAGACUGAUUACCACCCAUUUGAAAGAUGUGGGUACGGUACUUACAAAGCUUGCGAUGGAAUGAUGUACGAAGGACAAUGGAUGGAAGAUAAGAUGCAUGGCUUAGGAACAAUAAGUUUUCCAAAUGGAUCAACUUACAAAGGCAACUUUGUCAACAACCAGUUCAACGGUUAUGGAAGGUACAGUUGGCCAAACGGAUGUUACUAUGACGGAAUCUUCAUAGGAAACAAAAUGAAAGGACCAGGCAAAUUCUACGAUGAAAAUGGACAAUGCUGGCAAGGAACGUUCUCAUAUAAAACUGCGUUAGGACUUCAAUUCCAACUCUGA